AUGGGGUCCAACAGCGGCAGAUCCCCUCUCCGGGUUCUUUGUCUGGGCGACUCCCUGACGGGCGGCUUCCCUGCCCAGCAUCCAUACGGCGGCAAGCUGGAGGAGCGCCUCGAGGCCGCGUUCCCGACGACGCACCACGUCGAGGUCGAGGUCGACGGCGUGCCCGGCGAAAUGGUGACGGGCGGGAGGUUUGCCCGCCGCAUGCGCAACCUGUGGAGAAUGUACCCCGAUGAGCGCGCCUUUGACUGGACCAUUGUAUUGGGUGGUACAAAUGAUCUUGCAUGGCGCCACCCGGCCAGCGAGGUUUUACAGGAACUCGAGAGAGUAUGGGCAAUUCCGCUAUCCAAAGGGAGCAAGGUGUUGGCCUUGACAAUACCCGAGUGCAAGGUCGUGAAUGAGGCCCUGGACGAAGCGAGGAAGACGAUCAAUGACGGCAUCAAGGCUUGCAACAAGCAGAACUUCUACACAUUUGACCUUCACAAGGCCGUACCAUUCCAUAGCAUGUCUACAGAAGACCGGGUAAAAUACUGGGACCCAGACGGUGUGCAUUUCACCGAGGCUGGCUACGACUUGAUUGGAGAAAAGGUGGCCGAGGGGCUGAUCAAGAUCCUGCACUUGGAGGAAGCACAGUCUACAGAAAUCAGCUCCAUCGUGUCGGACGAGAGACAGAGGAAACUGAUUGAGGAAUUGAUUUUCGAGGAGGAAAGAGGCAACCCCAGACUCUUGAGCCAGGGGUGGAUAAUUGUGCGAAAGCGUGAUCUUGAUUGA